UGUGGUGGUAGUGAUGGGGCUAAGUCGUCGGUCACCCAUACAAUUGUUAUAGAUAUCGUUGUCAUCACGUCGUCGUUCUCAAUUCGUUCGUUACGAAUUCCUUAGCGCGGUCAAAACUAAAAAUCUUUAUAGUCGUUAACAUUUCAUGUUAUUUAGAGUAUUAAAAAAUAACGCAAGCAUUAUUUAAAUGAAAUUGCAACAAAAAAUGUAUUUCAAAUUAACUUUGUCUGUGGAGGCCAGCUUACAUAUACAUAUGUAAUGAAAUAAUUUUCUAAAAUAUGUAUGAAAAAGACAAUUGUUCUAGUGGCGAAGGGGGACAUUGUGAGUGAUAAGAAGAGAGGAAGCAUCUACGACCGUGGCGAAGAUAAGACGACCAAGCGAUUCGGAGCGUGAUGAAGAAGCAUCCUUCAUUGUAUUCUGUUUUUUAUACAUAUUCUUCCAGUCCUCAAAACUAAUUCCGAACAAACAAUGAGAGGUUAAACACUUAUUAUCACAGCAAACUGAAAUGCUUUCUGGCAGUGCUGGCAGUGCUAUCGGCAGAGGCGGAGAUAAUCAAAAUAUUCGAAGAUCGCAAGAUAGAAAAAUGAUUAUAUUCAAGUACAUUAUAUUAUGUACAUAUCUUUCAACACAUUUCAUACUUGCGUAAAGGUGAGAUGUAAACGUAAACAAAUUAAUCUUUCAUAAAGUGCCAUAUUCAAGUUAAGAAAAAAAGUAUAAAAGUAAAUAACUACAUAGAAAUAAAAGAAAAUUACGGAAUCUAGUCAAAAAAUUACAUGCACAUAUACAUAUGUACAUACAUUCAUAUGUAAUGCUCUCACCCGUUAAAAAAGUAAUUUCCAGGAACUAAAAACAACCCUCAUCUGCUAAGAACUACAAACUUUUUUAAACAACAAUUAAUAAUGAUAAUGAUAUAGAGCCAUUUUGUUUUACUGUGAGUUCCAACAUCAAUUGCAACUGCCCUCUCAAAAUGGAUGAAGUUGAGAUUGCAGAACAAGGGGAUAAACAUAAUAUUAUUGGACUAGACCAGAAUUUUGGCAAGGAACUUGCCAUACCAACCUGUAAAAUAGAUAGUGACCCAGAUGACAUAAAAAUUGAAGCCAAUAACGUUAGCCCAAUUUCUCUCACAUAUGAGCCGGAUUUUGAUGACGAUAAUCAUAUAACCUGUUGUAAUCGAUUGUUGACAACAACAUCAGUAAAUAUAAAAAAAAAAAACAAAUCACUUAAUGGCAAUUUAAAGAUAAUAAACUUUUAUCCAAUGGAGCAAUCUAAUAUAUUCUUAAAUACUGAUCCAUUAUUAACGCCCGCUACAAUACAACAAAAUGGAAUAAGUCAACUGUCACCAAACAACGAUAAUAUCAAGCAUUGCACUACAUUAAUGUUGGACUCAGAUUUAGAUUCUAAGCAACAAGACGUUCAAUUACCGAAAUGUAACUCAAUUUACAAAGGGAAUCAGCCGACUGAUGAGUUGGUACAUAAUGUGGAGAGACAAAUUAUGCCGUGCAAAAAUGCAACUGCUUUACCGAGUUUGGAUAACUUUGUCGAUGAAGAAAUCAUUUUAGAAAACUCUAAAGAAGCAUCACCAUCACCAGUAAUCGCAUCAACCCAUAUAUCAGAAGCUUUUAGAAAUUCACAGAAUAGUCCAUUGCUGAAGCUGACACGAGAGCAAUUUUCAUUAACAACUGGAGUACAUGUUCAUAAAUCAUAUGAGAAGGAGAGUACCGUUACUGAAAUAAUUCGAAACCUUCAACUAAUUCGAAGUCACUUGAUAAGCCAGACUCAAAUCGACACCAUGACCGAUAUUGAGGCAUUAGGCAUUCAGCAGCAGCAACAACAACAGUUGCAGAACGUACAGCGUCUGCACCAAGAAAAUUGUAUACAAGAGCUGCACGAUCAACUGAGCGCACAGUUUGGAACCGGACGAUUUGGUGGGAUUAGUGGGGUCCUUUGUCAACAGCAGUUGCAGAUGCAGUCCCCUCAGCAAUCUCCGCGUUUGCAAUUACAAUUGCAGCCACAUCUUCACAAUGAUGGUGUAUCCGACACAAUGAGCAAUAAUUUAGUGCCGUUUCUUCCUUUCCUGCGUGCAUCUGCAAUACCUCCAACAUGUAUGGUUCCCGCUGGUCAAGGUCAUGUGAGUCAGCAACAACAGCACAUUUAUAGUCAUAAUAAUCAUAAUUAUAUUCAUGCUCGCAACAUCUCAAUGCAGUCUAUGUGGCCCACAGCAGCAGUUGCAGCGGCUCACAUUCAAGCUGCUUUAGCCGUAGCAGCAGUGGCAGUUACAAACAAGAAUAGUAGUAACAACAAUAAUGACAUUAAUACUGAUGACGAUAACAACAUUAAAAGAAACAAUAAAGCCAUGUCCUGUAAUGAUACGACUGAUAGUUCUAUUGAAGAACCUGAAAUUAUAACCGCAAGUCAUGAAAUUGAGGUAAGAUCUUCAAGAGCAGAAUCACCAACUAUAUUGUCGUACAAUGACCACACUCCACCGGACUCGCCGCAAGCAAGUGGACGCCUUUUGGUUAGAUGCCAAAAUAUCCGUUCGGAAGACAGCUCAAUCGCAAUACAUUUUCCAACAUCAUCGGCUGAAGAUGUUAGCAAGUCAAAACGUCUUCAAGGACAUGCAUCUGAUAUGGAUGCACCUCUGAAUUUAUCGAAACCUAAAGGUUCUCGUGGUUCUUCUCCGAUUAACUCUUCUUGCCCAAAGGAUGUACGAGAUCGCUUGACACCAAUUGUUCCCAGCCCACCGUUAAACUGGCAACAAAUGGCAACCACCGCGUCUUCAAUCCCAGUUAACGCUCACGUUCCAAUCACGUCCCUACAGCACCAGCCGUCCCCAUUAUUUGCUGAUGUCGAAGCAAGUUUCUUGCAGUCUCGAGGACGGUUGUGGAAUCCGAAUAAUGCUGGCAUUGGCGAUCUAUGUAAUCCAAAAUUGUCUAGUAGCAGCAGCACUCGAGUUGGAAGCUCGCGAGCGGGCAGAGCCAGUCGCGAUUCAAUCAACAGCUGCGGGACAAGUUCAGAGCGAUCAACUAUAUUAGAUCCAGAUUGUCUGGGUCACAGCCAUCAGACGUCAGCAGCUUCGCAGCCUCAGUCUCAACGGCAGCACGUUCACCAUAAGCCACAUAUCAAGCGUCCAAUGAACGCAUUCAUGGUUUGGGCAAAAGACGAGCGCAGAAAGAUACUAAAAGCCUGUCCCGACAUGCACAACUCAAAUAUAUCAAAGAUUUUGGGUGCUCGAUGGAAAGCAAUGUCAAACGCUGAUAAGCAACCCUACUAUGAGGAGCAAUCGCGUCUAUCGAAAUUGCAUAUGGAACAGCAUCCCGACUAUCGUUAUAGACCGCGUCCAAAACGCACCUGCAUUGUCGAUGGUAAAAAGAUGCGCAUAUCCGAGUACAAAGUUUUAAUGCGAAAUCGCCGUGCUGAGAUGCGUCAACUCUGGUGCCGUGGUGGCGGUCCGAGCUCGUCAUCGAAUGAGUUGUCUGCAUCGGAAGGUGUAGUACAAGCAGCAGCGGCUGCUGCAGCAGCGGCUGCUGCCUAUCAUUUGAAGGAAAUGGACCAGACCGAUGGUGCUACACCAACGACGAGUCUUCCAAUGAACGGGCCAAAUGCUAGCUAUCAUUACCCAGCCGAAAGUUUGUCGCCGUCUGGCUUUUCAUCCGAGGAUAUGGAAAUUUCAUCGAUGCGUGACGUUGACGACUAAGAAAUUAGUUCAGAAAUUUAAAAUAUAGCAAUGAGUUCCAUUAUCGGAUAUAACAUAUUUUGUAUAACAUAUUCAAGGCUAAUGUAUAUAAAAGGUUAAGAGCUAUCGAUAGUUGUCACAAUCAACAAGUUUGCCGUAUACAAAUAUUAAAAAUUACGACUUCCACUACA